CAUACAGUGUAACAUCAUGGCGCCGCGCGCAUGCGCAAUCUUGCUCCUCGCGAUCGCAACCGUCGCUGCGCGGGAGUGCAUCGAGUUAACACUUCCAGACAAAAGUUUAUUAACCGAUUCGAUAUUAAAUGGGACUAUAUUAAAAGUAGCCGCGAAAAAUGAGUCUUUCGAUGAAAGUGGACGUUUCAAUAUUGUGGAAUUGUGGGAUAGGUUCCCGAAACUUGUGGUGCCUACGAACGGGACGAGCGAGCAGUGCAGAAGGGAUAGCCAGCUUUACUUGGACAGCCUGGACCGAUUGGAGCUAUGGGCCCUGAAAAUGUUCGACGCAACUGCAAAACCCCCGUCAGGCAUUCUUAGCGGCAAUGGAAACCAAUAUGGCGACUAUGACGAAUGCCUCGGCAUCGACGGCGCGGUCAGAGGAAAGUACUGCCUCGCGUCUCUGCAGAUAAGCGUCGGUGGAGACAAAAAUCUGGAUGAAAUCGACAGCUUGGUGCACAGCGGUCAUUAUAUUAGGAGUAAUGUUAGCGAUAUGGGUCACCGAGUCCCAAGGUACUCCAGCUUAUUAUGGGGAGUCUGCAUCCCCAGUUCUUGCAGCAGCUUCGACCUGGAAGAGGAGCUGUCCCAGAGGCUGACCGGCCUUGGAGUAUCAGUCAAAGUACAUAACAACAUGUGCUCAGUGAAGAGCUUCAAACGACCCUACUCUUUUGGAAAGACGCUUUCUAUCACAUUCUUUCUAGCAAUAAUCCUGCUUCUCAGUCUAGGCACAAUGCUAGACGACGGGAAAGAAGGAGUCACAAACUUUGAGAAGCUUCUUAACGCGUUCUCUCUGAAGAGGAAUUUGAGGAAAGUGUUCGACCUGUCGGACUCUCCGACUAGAGUUAAGGGUGUCGAUGCGUAUAGAGGAAUGAAUGCGUUCGCUCUGCUCAUAGCCCACAAGUCUAUGGCGAUGGCACAUAACCCUUAUGUGAACAAAGUCAGUUUUUCUGCUGUAUUCGGUAUGCCAUGGGCAGUGGUCGGACGCUCCGCAAUCCUCUACACAGAUAGCUUCCUAUACCUCAGCGGGUUUCUCAACGCCCACAACCUUUUAACCGACCUCGAGAAGAAAGGCACCAUCAACUUAAAGGACCGACUUAUAGCCAGAUGGUUUAGACUAUUCCCUCUCUUCGUAUCUCUCAUGCUGUUCUGCACGUACAUCCUACCUGACCUGAACAACGGUCCUCAGUGGAACCUGGUGGUGGAAGAGCACAGCAGAGUCUGCGAGAAGAACAUGUGGAAGAGUUUCUUGUUCAUACAUAACUAUUUCGGCUUUGAAGAUAUGUGCCUAACUCACACACAUCAAAUCGGUAUGGACAUGCAACUCUACGUGGCCACGUUACCCCUGAUGGUGGUCAUAUGGAAGUUCAGGACCCUGGGCUGGUCCCUCCUGGUCAUCAUGGCAGUGGCGUCGACAGCUCUCAGAUAUCUUGCCAUUUACUGGUAUGAAAUCAGCAUGUUCGUGUAUUAUGGUAUAUCAGUACAGAAGCUACUAGACGCGGCGCGUUAUUCAUACAUUCUACCGACACACAGAGCUACAAUCUACCUAAUAGGAGUCGUCAUGGCGUACCUGAUGAAGACCAAAAAGUUAAAUUUUACACUAUCAAACACUCAAUCAAGACUGCUCUGGGCGUUCUGCUUAGCCCUGAUGACGGCGACCAUAGUGACUCCUUACAAAUGGGGUUUAGAAGGUUACAAGUUCGAGCCGUUCGGAGCGGCGAUAUUUGCCGCAGUGUCGCCCAUACUGUGGGGAAUCUUCAUGUGUGCUUCUCACUGGGCUAUUGCUAAUGACUAUGCUGGCAUAGGAACCUCAUUCAUAGAAUCCCGAGUGUUCAAGUUCUUCAAUAAGAUAGCAUACAGCGUGUACCUGACGCAGUUCCCCAUUUUCUUCUACAACGUGGGAGUGCAGAGACAUGCUGAAUACUACUCACCUUUACUUCUUGUGCAUGCACCAGAAGUGCUCACAGUGACAGUGAUAUCAAUAUUGGCGACCGUCGCCAUUGAGAUGCCCUUCAACCAAGUGUAUAGGAUAUAUUUCGGACAAUCACAGAAGAAAUUAAAAGACAAAUGAGAUAAGACAAAGACUAGUGCUCUAUUCAUAGUUGUGUAUAAUUAUUUAGUUUAUAGUCACACAUCACGCAAUUAGCUCGUAACUUUUGACUAUUUUUGUACUGUUAUCAUAAAAUUAACUAUAAGGACAAAAUAUAAACGAUAAGUUAUUAAAAAAUAAAACCCAAUGUGUAUAAAAUUUA